GGAAGGCCAGCCGCGCAGUCGCAAUUCGGAUAGCUCAUCGCUCGCUUGCUUUUGGACGCUGCCGUCUGUGCCGGGGGAGUUCUGGAUUUAAAGGGGCCGCAACGCCCAAAAGGGCGCUGGGAUGUCGCGUCGGGUGAAGGAUGAGUACCAGAGGCAUUACACCGUCACCGACACUCGAACCCACCUCAAAGGCUACACUGAGUACAAAGUGACUGCCAGGUUUGUCUCAAAACUGAAUCCAGAAGAUGCGAAGGAGAUUGUGGUCUGGAAACGGUACAGUGACUUUAAGAAGCUGCAUGGAGACCUGGCCUACACCCACCGUAACCUCUUCCGACGCCUGGAGGACUUUCCUCCUUUUCCCAAAGCCCAAGUCUUUGGCCGAUUUGAGCCCAAAGUGAUAGAGGAGCGGAGGAAGGCUGCGGAGGUCAUGCUGCGCUUCACAGUGCAUAUCCCUGCUUUGAACCAACUUGAUCCACUCCAGCUCAAGGAGUUCUUCCGGGGUGGGGAAGGGGGGAGACCUCUGGAAAACUGUGACCAGCCUUCUCUGGCUCCCCCUUUGAUCCCUGUACCACCAGAAGGAGUGGAGCCUGGUGAGGAUGCUCUAGUGUCUGAAGUGGAUCACGGAAUCCUGGGCCUGGAGUCUGAGCAGGAUCACAGCAGAGCUUCACAGGCAGCAAGGGAAGUCUGCGAUCAGGAGCCUCAAAGGAAGGAGGGAGGGGACCACUCUUCACCCCGAAACUGUGAAGAUGAAGCCCUGGAUGCUCUCUUUGCUUGUCAUGUGGAGGAGGAGAGAGAAGAGAAGGAAGUGGGUUCACCUUCCCGCUGCUUACCUGUCAGUCCAGGAGCUAUGCAUGGUAUUUGACCCCUUAAACAGGAAGACUUGGGUGCAGCCAGCUCCUCCCCUGCUCGUGCUUCCUUGGAAGAUGCCCCAGCGCCUUCUCCCCCAGGUGCAGGGAUUCUGCUACCAGCCCAGGAAGGAGCAGUCACAGAAGACCCCGGUGCAUACCUGGCUUUGGCCACCGAGCAUAUCAAGCACGCCUUGGAGAGCGAAGCGGCUGAAGACUAUGAGGGGGCUUUCCAUGGCUACCACAGUGGCGUCGAUUUGCUGCUCCAUGGCCUGCAAGGCGAUCCAGAUGCGGCCCGCAGGGAGGCUGUGAAGAAGAAGACGGCAGAAUACCUGCGGAGGGCUGAGGAGAUCUGUCAGCAACACCUGAGCCAUCUGCACCUGUGAUGUGGCUUCCUAGGCACUCCCAGUGGCACAAGUCAGCCUGGCAUUCCCUGUUGCCACCUUGAGAAGAGACCAAACUGCUCUUUCAGCAGCCACUGCCCCCAUCCUGGCAUUGACUGGCCAGAGCAGACUUGACCACCCAAUUUCCCCUUCUCUUGACCUCCUGUCCGUGGGUAGGGGAUUUCCUGUACACUGUCCAAAGACAUGCUUGUAAACCUUUCCAAUGCCUUGUUUGCAUUUUAAUUUAUACUCAUUGCAUCUA